AGUCCGUUAAUUGGUCGCAGUAGUUACAGCACAAAGCCUCGGGAUGCAGGUAAGAUAGUAAAAAAUGACUGUUCGUCUGUUUGCUAUCGGCAAGCAGUACGGAGCUGCUAGUGUGUAUUAUGCUAAAAUUUGAAGUUGGACACGAGAUUACACCGUUGUAGUACAACAUAGCGAAUUUCUGACAAGACGCCUCACGUCGAGUGAUACUUUUUCCCGGAAGUGGGCGAGUUCUCUAGUGUGCGCCCCGCGAUGUUUAUGUUAUAGGGUUGACUGUUCUGACUGACAACGGAACAUGGCUGCCGCCUCAGAGAGCAGAGCACAUCCAUACUUCGACAAUGCCGGCACCGACAGCGUAAAAGAUAACAAAGAUAAGAAUUCACAGCCCAAGGAAAUUAUAAAGCCCUCCAUCAUGGAGCUAACCAAAGAGGUGCGGACGAAUAUCCUCUGCACCGUGGAAGGAUGUGGCAAGAUUCUCCCGAACACUCCAGCUCUGAACAUGCAUCUUGUCAAAUCACACAGGGUCAAGGAUGGUCUUGUUAACCCCACAGUGAGGAAGAGCACGAAGGGGUCACAGAAGCUCUACUGUUGUCCGGUAGAAGGCUGUCCAAGAGGACCCAACAGACCUUUCUCUCAGUUUUCUCUGGUUAAACAGCACUUCAUGAAGAUGCACGCGGAAAAGAAGCACAAAUGCACCACAUGCAGCAACUGUUACAGCACUGAGUGGGACCUGAGGAGGCAUGCUGAGGAUUGUGGGAAGACCUUUCACUGCACCUGCGGCUGCCCUUAUGCCAGCAGAGCUGCAUUGCUGUCUCACAUUUAUAGGACAGGCCAUGAGCUUCCUACAGAGCACAGGUAUCCCCCAGUCAAAAAAAGGAAGAUGGAGGGAUUGCUAAAUGGUGCCACAAAAGCCAGGCCCAGUGAGCAUGUGUAUCAAGUAGUUAACAGGGGAAAAAAGCUUCUUUCUCACAUGUUGAUUUCAGCUGAUGCAGCCUCUCACUCAGAGUUUGGGAGCCAAAACUCCAGUUCCACAAAAAACAUCCCAAAGCUUCUGCUGCCUAAACCAAAGAUGGCCCUGGUGAAUGUUCCUGUGAUGCAGUUUGCCCGCGUACCAGUUCUCCUCUCCUCAGCAGAUAGUAAUGCCAUGAGAUCGGUCCUCCUGACUGUGGACAGACAAGGCUCUGUGAUGAGUGCCAUCCACCUUCUUCCUCAGUCCAUGGAAGCAGUGAUACCAGCCCUGGGUACAAGGACUUUGAGUUCCAGAGACACCAUGCCUGUUUCCAGCCUUGGACUAGAUGGUGUGAGCGUUGGAGUCCAAGUAAACUUGGAGAGUGCCAGCUAUGACCAUAACCUGGCGAGUGACAUGGGACACAGGGGAAAGAGCACAUCUACUGAUAUCCAGACAGAUAUAACUUAUCUCUCAAAGGUCCACCAACCAGCACCACUGUGCUUUCUUGGCGAGGCCUUGGUUUCAUCUUGCUCCCAGACAGACAUUAGUGUUGCCGCUCAGGUCCAACUUCCUGUCAGCGUGGAGACGCAGACUUUGCCACCAUUGUCCAAAAUCACCUCCUCCUCCUGUGCACAAACAGACACUUUAGGCCAGACAUACUCCUCCUCAUACCAUGUCACCAGGGAAACGCAGACAAAUUACAGCCUGGCCAUCUCUGAAGAUGGAAGGCAGAUAGACCAAACUGUGAUGUGCACAGAAAUAUUCAAUAGUGAGGCCCUCAGUGUUUCGACCCAACCUGUCUCAGAGGAAGGAAUUUUCAGAACUGACAACACUGUAGAGGAACCUCUGAAUGGCAGUGACUCCUGUCCGUAUGACGCCAAGUCUAGUGGGAUGAUGAGCUUCAGUGCCCAGACUGACCUGCUCCACCAGAACCCUAUGGCAGACAACCAGACACAGACUAUGACAUUGUUCAGUGACAUUGAGAAAAUGCUGUCUGAUAGUAUGGACAGCAGUGCACUGGAGAACCACAGCGCACUGUCAGAUACCACAGCUAGCUGCGAAGUGGAACUAGCAUCCGACCAAGAACAAACGCCUGGUAUCGACUUUGACUUUGAAGAGUUUUUAAACACUGUGCAUAUUCAAACCCAGACAGAGGAGAGUGAGCUUCUCACCUUGAACACUGAAACUCAUUUGGAGUCACUUGACAUCGAAACUCAGACAGACUUCCUCUUCUUCAACCACCUGCCAGACAGUGAUGAAAAUGGAAGAGCCCAUUCCAACGAUCUUGGCCUUGAGAUGUUCGACACGCAGACACAAACUGAUCUCAACUUCCUCUUGGAUACAACCAGCCACAUACCCCUGGGGAACUUCCUAAAGCAGUCAAGCUUCUCUGUGAGCACUGAGUCCACAGACAUCGAGACCCAAACUGACAUCAAUGCCAUGUUCCAACCUGCUGCUGAUGGCAGCCAGGUAAAGCUGAGCAGCACAGAGACGCAAACAAUGACCAGCUCUUUUGAGAGCCUGGGCAGCCUGUUUCUGACCAGCAAUGAGACCCAGACGGUAAUGGACGACUUUCUGACUGCCGACCUUGCCUGGAACAUGGAGUCUCAUUUCAGCUCUGUGGAAACCCAAACCAGUGAUGAGUUCUUGUCUCUCUCCACGCUCUGAGGAACUCAACCCCUGAGUAUUCCUGGUGUCAGUCACUGUAAGGGCAGUUCGUAAGCCAGUUGAGGUGGGGUGGGGAUCUUUCAUCCCAGUGAGGCUUUACACUGUGACCUCAUGGGUAACAUGGUCAAAAUAGAAGAGGUUCCUAGGAAUUUUGUUCUGGUA